UUCACAGAUUAGACAAAAAAUGUGCAAGCCAAACUCAAACAACUUUGCUUUUCAUUUUAAAAAUUAAUUAAAUUAAAAUUGAUUCGUAUAAUACUGUACAAGUCGGAAGCUACAACUGCGUUAUGAACAAAAUAAUGUCUAGCAUAAACUAUACGACACGCACAGAGGGCCAGACGAAGAUAAACACAAUAAUAUGGACGGUGCCAAACUUUAUUACCCUUUUAGAAAACAAAUCUACGCGAGAAUUCCGCACUGAUAAAUCAAAGGAUCCAGGUGUGGACCUAGCUGACCCGAGGUUCCAGUUGAAAAUGCAAUUGCUCGGGCGAGACAACGAUAUCAUCGAAAUAUACUACCUAUCGCCGAACCCUGUGUUUUUAAAAUCAAUACUCACGAUAUGCCUGAAACGCUUUGAGGAGCGGUCGAUUGUUAUACGUGAGUUCCACACUGUGCAGGCGAACAAAUGGCAGUAUCUAGCGACUCUGUACAAGCGCGAUAUCGCCAGCUACGAUGGGCGCGAUAUAUUCCUCCUCAGCGACGGGAGCCUGAGGCUGAAGUUCCAAUUCAUGGUCUCCAACGACAUCCGCGUGGACCGCACCAACGUGCCGGAGGCGCAGCUCAGCAACGACUUCGAGAACCUCCUCAACGAUGGCAUGUUCUCUGACGUCAUCAUGAAGUCGGCCGAGGGCACAGAGUACAAAGUUCACAAGGCGGUCCUAGCCAGCCGAAGUGCGGUCCUAAAGGCUCAUUUUGAACACAACACAACUGAAUGCUUCACCAAUGUUGUGGAGUCUCCUCUUGAGACGGAAGUGCUUAGAGAGGUGCUCACUUUCAUUUACAGUGACAAAGCUCCUCGAGUGGACGAGAUCCCAGAGCAAUUACUAGCUGCAGCUGACUACUACCAGCUCAGCCGACUCAAGAGCCUCUGUGAAGAAGCUCUACACAAGAAACUGACUGUAGAAAAUGCUAUAGAAACCCUGCAGCUGGCCGACUUACAUUCCGCAAACACACUGAAGCAGCUGACUCUUGAAUUCAUAAAAGACGGACAAGCACGACUUAUCACAAAGACUGAAGGCUGGUCCAAGGUGAAGUCGGUAGAAUUGAUCAAAAGAAUCUAUGAAUAUAUCAUGGCUGACGAUCUUGAUGCAGAUAUCAAGUAAAUACAAACUGAUGCAUUUUAUU